AUGCAACUGCUGGCCACGGAUUUCCUCGCACGAACCGUCGUCAUCCACCUGCGCCGCGCCCGACAGCCCAACACGCAGCACGCAGCCCCCGAACCCCCAACGCUCUGCUCCGUUCUGCUCUGCUCCUUUCUGCUCCGCGCCGCCGCACCACGCCUCUCGUUCCGCCUCUGCACGCCUCGCAACGCCGCCGCCUCGACCAACUACAAGGAGGCCUUUGCCCUCUUCGACAAGCGCGGCAAUGGCCGCGUCACGGUGGACAGCCUCGGCGACCUGCUGCGCGCCUGCGGCCAGAACCCGACGCUCGCCGAGAUCCAAGAGCUCGAGAAGAAUGCGGGCAGUGAUUUUGAUUUCGAAUCCUUCCAGCGCAUCCUCAACCGCCCCGGCGGUUUCCGCGAACCUGGCGAACCCGAAGAGUACUGCCGCGGCUUCCAGGUCUUUGACAAGGACAUGACGGGCUUCAUCGGCGUCGGCCAGCUCAAGUACAUCCUGACGAACCUCGGCGAGAAGAUGACGGACGAGGAGGUGGACGAGCUACUCAAGGCCGUCGAUACGAGCUCCGGCCAGGUCAACUACACCGCAUCGUUGCUUGCCGCCACCGGCAGAGGUGCGAACGGGCUGCUGAUGACCGUCGCUUUACCAGAACUUGUCCGGACCAUUCUCGCCAAUUAA